UUUUUUGUUCUUCAAAAUGGAUUAUGGAUCAGACCAUCAUCCACCAGGAACAGAACAAGAAGAACAAGUCCAAGAGGAAUACAAGUUAUGGAAAAAGAAUUCACCUUUUCUUUAUGACAUUGUGAUUACGCAUGGCUUAGAAUGGCCUAGUUUAACAUGCCAGUGGUUUCCUGAUGUAGAAAGUCGUCCUGACAAGAAUUAUAAAACACAGCGUCUUUUGUUAGGUACACAUACGAAUGAUGAAGAACCCAACUAUCUUUUGAUUGCUUCAGUACAACUCCCUAAUAACACACAAGAUAUUGAUCUUCGAAAAUAUGAAGAAACCACAAAUGAAAUCGGUGGUUAUGGUACAUUCAAUGAUGCGCAGAUCCAUAUUCAACAAAAGAUUGUUCAUGAAGGCGAAGUCAAUCGAGCACGAUACCAAUAUGAGAACCCAAACAUCAUUGCUACCAAGUCAAGAUCAGGUGAUGUGUAUGUGUUUGACAGAACCACGCAUGGUUCUAUGCCUAGAGAAAAUGAACCCUUUCAUCCUGCAUUAAGGCUAAAGGGACAUCAUGCUGAAGGGUACGGACUUGCAUGGAAUCCACAUAAAUCAAAAUCCAAUCAUGUCUUGAGUGCUGGAUCAGAUCAACUUGUGUGUCAUUGGGAUAUUGCUGCUGCAUCCAAAGAAAACCGUCAUUUAGAUCCACUCAGAACCUAUCGAGGACAUACAGCAGGUGUGAUGGAUGUAGCAUGGCAUAUGCGACAUGAUUCCAUCUUUGCUUCUUGUGGUGAUGAUAAGCAAUUAAUGAUUUGGGAUACAAGAGAUGUAUCAGCCAAUGCUAUUCAUUGUGUCAAGGCACAUGAUUCAGAAAUCAACUGUGUGGGAUUCAGUCCAAGCAAUGAGUGGAUUUUGGCCACUGGUUCAUCUGAUAAGACAGCAGCCCUGUGGGAUUUACGCAAUUUGAGUAACCCAUUACAUACAUUAGAAGGUCACGGGGAAGAGAUUGUUCAAUUAGCAUGGUCACCUCAUCAAGAUGCUAUCUUAGCCACUGCAAGUAAUGACAAACGAGUCUUUGUAUGGGAUUUAGCCAGAAUAGCAGAUGAACAGUCUGUAGAAGAAGCACGAGAUGGUCCCCCUGAAUUGAUGUUUAUUCAUGGUGGUCAUUCUGGUAACAUGUCUGAUUUUGGCUGGAAUCCUGCUGUGCCUUGGAUGAUAGCCAGUACUGCAGAAGACAAUAUGGUGCAAGCAUGGCAGAUAGCAAGUACUAUCUAUGGUCAAGAGGAACAAGACGAAUCUGAUAAAAUGGAAUACACGUGUGUUUAAUCGUGAGCCAAUCAAAUAGAUGAUAAGGAGGGAAUAAACUCCUUGAAUAUGCUUAUCAAAAAUUUUCAAUGGUGAUUGGCCCAUUUUUAAUUUUAUGAAAAGAACGUUUUUUUAAAAUACCGGUUCCUUGAUAACAAAGCGCACGUUUCUUGCGCGAGAUAAGAGAAAUAUGACGCGGGAAUAAGAAGAUAUAUAAAUGCAGCCCCCCUUUUUUUUUUUCUUUAUUUCUCUCUUCUUUAU